AUGAGCUCAGGCGCUGCUGGAGAUGGGACAACACUCUCCGAUCUCUUGGCCGGCAGAAAGCCGAACAUUCGCCGUUGCAACGAGGCUUUGGGCACUUUGGCGGCCUCCGGCCGCUGGCAGGAGAUUCUUCAACUCUUUGAGGUCCUACCGGCGCGAAAGCUUCAUCCGGAUGUGGCGACCUGCAGCAUUGCCAUGCGAGCCUGCGCCCACGGCACGCAGUGGGUCUUCGCUUUGCAGCUCUUGUUCCAGAUGCCCAAAUACCUGGUGCGGCCGAACACCAUUUCUUUCAACACGGGGAUGAGCGCGUGCACCAACAGUGGACAUUGGGAGCGAGCCUGGAGCCUUGUGGCCAGCAUGCGACACGCUGGAAUUUCUCCGGACAGCACCGGCUUCAACACUUGCAGCAACGUCUGCGCAUCUGUGGGCGCCUGGGGGGCAGCGGUGUCACUGCUGGCCCAGUCCGUGUUGGCUCAGGUUUCUCCGGACGU